UAUAUUUAUUUAAUUUUUUAUACACUGUUCAUUAUUAGGGUUUGUUUACUAGCUAGCUAGCUCUUCUUCACACUCGAGAAAGAAGAAGAAGAAGAGUGAAGUCGCUAAAAUCCUUUUAUGUUAUGAUGAGUCAAGAUAACAAAGACGAAAGCCAGAGUUCUGGUGGUGGUGAUGGUAGUGGUGGUGGACCCAUGGGGGCGAGGCCAAAAGAACAAGCUUUGAAUUGUCCUAGAUGUGAUUCUCCCAACACCAAGUUUUGCUAUUAUAACAAUUAUAGUCUUUCGCAACCAAGACAUUUCUGUAAGACUUGCAGAAGGUACUGGACUAAAGGGGGCGCUUUACGCAACGUUCCAAUAGGUGGUGGUUGCAGGAAAAACAAGAAGAUAAAGACUAGUUCAUCUUCUUCAAGAUUUUCUGGGGAUUCAAAAGAUACAAUUAGUGGUUCUUCAGAUAUUGGUGGACUUAAAUUUUUUCAUGGUCUUUCACCAGCUAUGGAUUUUCAACUUGGAGGACUAAAUUUUCCAAGAUUGAGUAAUAAUACUUCAACAUCAACAGUUGGUGGAAGUAUUUUCAACCAAUUUACUUCAUUUGGUGAAAAUUCAACUCCAAAUAUUGGAUCAACUUCUUGUUUUAGUCUUGAUCCUUCAGGAAGUUCUUUAUUGGGAUUCAAUAAUAAUUUCCCUUUCUCAAGUUCUAUGCUAAAACAAGGUACUGAUGGAGUUCAAGAAAUGGGAUCAAUGGGAGUUCAUCAUGGUACAAUGGCAUCUUCUAUAGAGUCUUUGAGUUCAAUAAACCAAGAUUUGCAUUGGAAAUUACAACAACAAAGAUUGUCCAUGCUAUUUGGUGGUGAAAAUCAAAAGGAAAACAUUGUUUCAUCAUCAAUCCCUCUUCAUGAUGAUCAAAACCAAAAUCAAAACCAAAACCAAAUCCAAAUCCAAAAGCCACAACCAAUUUUGUUCCAAAAUUUGGAGAUUUCAUCAUCGAAACAACAAGAAGAUCAUCAAGAAACAUUUGGAAACAACAAUGUUGAUUCAAGAAAAGAUUGUAGUACUACUAUGGGAAGUCAUCAUGGGAACAAUUUGUCAACUGAAUGGUUCUUUGAUAACUCAUUUGGUGUAAAUCCAAAUUCAACAAAUAGCAACAACAACAACAACAACAAUGGAAAUGGAAAUGCAAAUGCAAAUGAUGAUCAAAAUGUCAACAAUUGGAAUAGUACUAUUCAAGCUUGGAGCAAUUUGAAUCAAUAUAGUACACUACCUUAAUUAAUUAAUUAGCUCUAUUUUAUUAUGAGGUAAAAAAAAAUCAAAUUUAUAAUACUUAUCUAUUUAGGUCUAUUUUUCUUUCAAU